AUGAUUAUCGGCAUCGUCUUCACCGCAGAGUACUACGCCACAUACUACGCGUCGGGCGCUUGGAUCUUCACCAAAGAAAGGAACGACACUGCCCAGCUGCAGUCGCAUGGGGGCAAGCAAGCGGCCAUGGAAUCUCCGAUGCCGAAGAUCACUGGCGAGGGAGGAGACGAGGCAUUCACAAAGAGCCUGUGGGUUUCGGAAGUAAAUGGGUUUUACAAGGCGGCUGCUUGCGACAACGUCACCAGCUGUGCAGCCUACGAUCAACCUCCUGGCCUCGCUUGCUUCGCCAGUAGGUCCAGCAGCUCCGGCAUCUACUGUUUCGCCAACCAGACAUCCUACCACCACCCUGAAGCGGACAGAUCCGUAAUGUGCCCACAACAUCUGCUCGAGUGUGACAAGAAGGAUGGUGGAGGCUGUUGCCCAUAUGGCACGUUGUGUGCUACCGAGGGCUGCCUGAUCUAUACCAUGAAACCCCCAAAGUCGACGGGUAGCACCGCUCCUACGACCUCCACUGGACCCCCAUUCGUUAUAGCCACUGCACACAAGAUGGGAGAAGUGCCUCAGAGCAAAGGAGUUGAGGGUUACAUCCCAUAUACUUUCGGCUAUACCAGCAAUCCAGCGCUUAAGGAAGGGGCACUGGGAUGUGCACUACUGGUUGCUUGGAUGAUGGUACUCAUCGGUUGA